AUGGGGGCGAGGGGCUGCCUGGGGCCGCUGCUGCUGCUGCUGCUGCCGCCCCUCCCGUGGGGUGAGCACCGGGCCGGUGGGUCCGGCGUGGGCUCGGAGUCACUGGCCGGGGCGGUGGCAGGAGCUGGUGGGGACAGGACCUGGCUGCAGCCGUCCAUCAUCGGGGGACACGAGGCCAAACCUCGCUCCCGGCCCUACAUGGUGUCCCUGCAGUUCCGGGGGGUUCACGCCUGCGGGGCAGCGCUGCUGCAGCGGAGCUGGGCGCUGACGGCCGCGCACUGCCGGCCUCGGGGGUCGUGGGACAAGGGGCGGCUGGUGGUGGGGCUGCACAAGUGGCAGAAGCGCGGGGCGAGCACGCAGACCUUCUCCAUCCGGGCUGCCUGUCCCCACCCCGGCUACAACCGACGGACGAUGGAGAACGACCUGCUCCUGCUCCAGCUGGACGGGAAGGUGACCCUGAGCAGCACACGGCAGCUGAUCCCGCUGGCGAGCCGGGAGCCGGCGCCGGGGGCGCGCUGCAGCGUGGCGGGCUGGGGGGUCGUGGACCGCCAGGGCCGGAGGCUGUCGCCCACCCUGCAGGAGCUGAACGUGACGGUGAUGGACAAGCGGAUGUGCAACAACAGCCGCUUCUGGCGCGGUGAAAUCGGCCCCGGCAUGAUCUGCUUCCACGGGCAGCACCGCGGCUCGGGCCCCGCCAAGGGUGACUCGGGGGGGCCGUUGGUGUGCGGGAAGCGGCCGGCAGUGGCCGGAGUGAUGUCCUUCAACAGCAAGAACGCCGCUGACCCUUUCAAGCCACCCGUGGCCACCUCGACCGUGAAAUACAAGAAAUGGAUCCAGAAAACGCUGCGGAGGGGCUGCGGAUCCGGCCAGCCCAAACACACGGGAUAGACCAAACACCACUUCCUAUUUACACAGAGCAGCCCCCCAGCCUGGUGACAGCACCGUGUGAGCAGCCCCUGGGAUGAGCCCAUCGGGACCCCGGCCACCCCCACGAGCCCUGCCCGGCUCCUCCUGCACCAUUUCCUGCCACCCCCUCCGACCAGCACAG